AUGCUGCCCCAGGCCACGGUUCUGGCCCUCCUCUGCUUUCUGCUCAGCCUGCGGGGGUCCCUGCAGGCAGCGUGCCCCCCAGUCUUCCUGCCCCAGGAGCAGGCCCUCAGUGUCCUGCAUCGGCCCCGGCGUGCCAACGGGUUCCUGGAGGAGCUGCGGCCAGGCUCGCUGGAGCGGGAGUGCAAGGAGGAACUCUGCUCCUUCGAGGAGGCCCGUGAGAUCUUCCGCAACGAGGAGAGGACGAGGCAGUUCUGGGUUUCCUACAAUGAUGGGGACCAGUGCGCCUCCAGCCCCUGCCAGAACGGGGGCUCCUGUGAGGACCAGCUCCAGGCCUACAUCUGCUUCUGCCCCGACGGCUUUGAGGGCCGGAACUGCGAGACGGACAAGCAGAGCCAGCUGAUCUGUGCCAACGACAACGGCGGCUGUGAGCAGUACUGUGGGGCCGACCCAGGGGCCGGGCGCUUCUGCUGGUGCCACGAGGGCUAUGCACUCCAGGCAGACGGGGUGUCCUGCACGCCCACAGUGGAAUAUCCGUGCGGGAAAAUACCUGUUCUGGAAAAAAGAAAUGGCAGCAAGCCCCAAGGGCGAAUCGUGGGGGGCCAUGUCUGCCCCAGAGGCGAGUGCCCCUGGCAGGCCAUGCUGAAGCUGAACGGGGCGCUGCUGUGCGGGGGCACCCUGGUGGGCCCAGCCUGGGUGGUCUCUGCUGCCCACUGCUUUGACAGGCUCCGGAGCUGGUGGAACCUGACGGCCGUGCUGGGUGAGCACGACCUCGGCCGCGUGGAGGGCCCAGAGCAGGAGCGGCGGGUGGUGCGGGUCAUCGUCCCUGAGCAGUACGUGCCAGGCAAGACGGACCACGACGUGGCGCUGCUGGAGCUGGCGCAGCCCGUGGCCCUGAGCGACCACGUGGCACCCCUCUGCCUGCCCGACCCAGACUUCGCGGACCAGACGCUGGCCUUCGUGCGCUUCUCGGCCGUCAGCGGCUGGGGCCAGCUCCUGGAGCGCGGGGUCACCGCCCGCAGGCUCAUGGUGGUGCUGGUGCCCCGGCUGCUGACCCAGGACUGCCUGCAGCAGUCGCGCCAGAGGCCCGGCGGGCCUGCGGUCACAGACAACAUGUUCUGCGCCGGCCACACCGACGGCAGCAAGGACGCCUGCAAGGGGGACAGCGGCGGCCCGCACGCCACGCACUUCCGGGGCACCUGGUUCCUGACCGGCGUCGUCAGCUGGGGUGAGGGCUGCGCGGCGGCCGGCCACUUUGGGGUCUACACGAGGCUCUCCCGCUACACGGCCUGGCUACAGCGGCUGAUGGCCCACCCGCCGCCCAGGCGGGGCUUCCUCCGGGUCCCGCUGCUGCCCUAG